UAAUAGACUUUGCACUCCUCAUCGUAUUCCGUUGCCAUUACAGUGAAAAUAUUUAUCAGGUACCCCCGGCCACCGUCAAUACAGCUCGAUGCCGGGCCAAAAGUGUACGUACGAAUGAUUCUCACCGCGCGUAUAUAUUUGAGAAGCCAGCCACUCACAUACAGUACAUACUGAUCGGUCAUUCGCGGCAAGAAAAUGGAGCAAGUCGUCUACCUCGUACUGGCCAUCGGGUCGCUGCUCGUCGUCCUGCUCGCCUGGCGCCGACGCAGGGGCGGCAAGGACAAGCUGCGGCUGCCGCCGGGGCCGUGGACGCUGCCGGUGAUCGGCAGCAUGCACCACAUCGUCGGGGCGCUCCCGCACCGGGCCAUGCGCGACCUGGCGCGGCGGCACGGGUGGCCGGUCAUGCUGCUCCGGCUCGGCGAGGUGCCCACGCUGGUGGUCUCGUCCCGGGAGGCGGCGCGCGAGGUGAUGAAGACCCACGACGCCUCGUUCGCGACGCGGCCGCUGAGCUCCACCGUGCGCGUGCUCACCAAGGGCGGCCGGGACAUCGUCUUCGCGCCCUACGGCGACUACUGGCGCCAGAUGCGCCGCAUCGCCGUCACCGAGCUCCUCACGACGCGCCGCGUCCUCUCCUUCCGUGCCAUCCGGGAGGAGGAGGUCGCUGCCAUGCUCCGGGCCGUCGCAUCCGCCGGGAACGGCGGCGCCGUGGUCGACAUGCGCGCGCGGCUGUCCGCGCUCGUGGCCGACAGCACGCUGCGCGUCGUGAUUGGCGACCGCUGCAGCGGCCGCGACGUGUUCCUCCGGGAGCUCGAACGCUCCGUCGGGCUCGUCGCGGGGUUCAACCCCGCCGACCUGUGGCCGUCGUCACGGCUCGCCGCCUGGGCUAGCGGCGCCGUCCGCCGCGCCGAGGAGUGCCGUGACACCGUAUUCGGGAUCCUCGACGGCAUUAUCGCCGAGCACCAGGAGAGGAUGGGCGCCGGUGCCGGCGACGCCGAGGACCUUAUCGACGUGCUCCUGAGGAUACAGAAGGACGGUGGCCUCCAGUUUCCACUCGACAUGGACUGCAUCAAAGCCGUAGUAUUUGACAUGUUUGGUGCCGGCAGUGAGACGUCGACGACAACACUGGAGUGGAUAAUGGCGGAACUGGUCAAGAACCCAAAGGUGAUGCAUCGAGCGACAGCGGAGGUGCGGCGAGCCUUCGAGGCCGGCGGCAAGGUGGUCGAACAGCAGCUCGGCGAGCUCGUCCCGUACCUGCACCUCGUCAUCCGGGAGACACUACGGCUGCACACGCCGCUGCCGCUGCUGCUCCCCCGGGAGUGCCGAGAGGAGCCGGCGUGCAGGGUGCUCGGCUACGACGUGCCCAAGGGCACGCAGGUGCUGGUCAACGCCUGGGCGCUGGGCCGCGACGAGCGGUACUGGCCUGAUAAGCCUGAGGAGUUUCGUCCGGAGCGCUUCGAGGCGGCCGGCGACGGCGCGGCGGCGGAGGUGGACUUCAGGGGCGUGGACUUCGAGUUCCUGCCGUUUGGUGCAGGUAGGAGGAUGUGCCCCGGAAUGGCGUUCGGGCUCGCCAACGUGGAGCUCGCGCUCGCCAGCUUGCUGCUACACUUCGACUGGGAAGCGCCCGACGGGUCGCUCGACAUGACCGAGGCGUUUGGCAUCACCGCGAGGCGGAAGGCCGGCCUCCUGCUCCGCCCCAUCAUGCGCUUCCGUGUCCCGGGUAACUAGUUGACGCGGCCCGUCGGCCAUGCACAAUCCA